AUGGCAAAUUCCGAGGUGGAGUUGGCUGGUCCACGUGAGGAUUUAUCACAAGAUCAGCGGAAACUGAGCCCGGAGGAAAGGUUUGAUAUAAGUGAGGCCAUGGCCAACAUAAGGAGGAGUUAUGGAGAUCUUCGGGGCACGGAAUUGAAGGUCUGUCUUCUUUCUUUCUCAAUCUUCCCUGAGGGUUCUGUGAUAAGAAAGAGGCCUCUAAUUUACUGGUGGAUCGGUGAGGGCUUCAUCACGGCUACCAAAGAGAAGACAGCAGAGGAGAUAGGAGAAGACAUCUUUGCAAAACUCUUGAGAAAGGACUUGAUUCAACCAGUUCCAGGUCAGUCCAACUGUGAAUUACUUGUCAAAAAUUGUAUUGUUCACCCUUGGAUUCGUCGUAUGUUGAUCUCCUUGGCUAGAGAGGCUAGGCUGUUCGACUUCGAUCCCAAAUGGCCAAUGAUGCCAUCUGAUUCUAUAUCGACCUGUAGGCGUUCAUGUUUAGUUUCUAAUGAGAAAAAGCCAAAUCCUGAGGAAAAGCCAAAUUCUCAGGAAAAGCCAAUUGCUGAGGAAAAGCCAAAUCCUCAGGAAAAGCCAAUUCCUCGUGAUGUUGAUCAAUGGAAACAAAAUCUAUUGACAGUUUUCAAUGUAAACGUUGAAUAUCUUGAUUUGAAACAAGAAUGGCUCGAAAAGUUGAAGAGGGUUGAAGUUCUUCACUUUGGCCGGUGGCAGAGCAACCCCAAACAUCACAUUGAAGUGGAUCAGAAAACAUUUGAUGGUUCACAAGCUGUAUCGUUUCUAAAUGGUUUGGGAGCUCAGAAGCACUUGAAGUAUCUUAGCCUCAGAGGAAUAUCAAGAAUUAGCGAACUUCCUGCUUCUAUUCGUAGUCUUAUCAGCCUUGAAAUUCUCGAUCUGAGAGCAUGCCAUGACUUGGAGAGGUUGCCUUCAGACAUCUCAUCAUUGAAGAAGCUCACGCAUUUGGAUGUAUCAGAGUGUUACUUACUAGAAGGCAUGCCCAAAGGGCUUCACAAACUUUCUUCCCUGCAAGUACUUAAAGGUUUUCUGAUAGGAUCACAGGAAAAAACUCCCACCAAACUUGGUGAACUUGCGACAUUGAAGAAGCUAAGGAGGCUCAGCAUACACAUUGGGAAUGGGGCUGCAAUUCAAGCAGUGGAGUUCAAAAAGUUGAAAGAUAUGUCAUCUCUUCGCUUCCUGAAAGUAUCAUGGGGAGUGGUUUCUAAAAAUUUGACAAAUGAGAUUGCUGAUGAGUCCUUGAAAUUCUUGUUUCCAGAGAAUUUAGAAAAACUGGAUCUUCAAGGCUUUCCCCUAGCACAUGCACCAGAAGGGUUGAAGCCUAGCAAACUGAAAAAUUUAAAGAAGCUCUAUAUAAGGGGUGGGGAACUUGAGAGCUUGGAUCAUGGGGAAAAUGAGCCAUGGAAAGUGGAAAUCUUGCGUCUCGAGUACUUAAAGAAGUCCAUAUACUCAGAAGAAGGAGUGAAGAGAAAUUUUCCUCAUCGCAAGUACUGGACAGUGAAGAACCUCAGUGAAGCUGAGGCUAGGAGGUAA